UGUUGAUAAAUUUAGAAAAACGAAAAUAAAUAUUUUCAUGAAAUCAUGAAUUUAAGCCCAUCUAAUUCCUAUGGAAAUGGGCUACUAUUUGCAGGAUGGAAUCAAGAUCAAGGAUGUUUUGCAUGUGGAAUGGAAACAGGUUUUAGAGUUUAUAAUGCUGAUCCAUUGAAAGAAAAGGAAAGACAAGAUUUUGCUGAUGGAGGAAUUAAUCAAAUUGAGAUGUUGUUUAGAUGUAACUAUUUAGCAUUAGUUGGGGGUGGUAAAAAUCCAAAAUAUCCUCCUAAUAAGGUGAUGGUAUGGGAUGAUUUAAAAAAGAAACAUGUGAUAGAGCUAGAGUUUUCUUCUGAUGUUUGUAGUGUUAGGUUAAGACGUGAUAGAAUAGUAGUCGCUUUAGAUACAAUGAUCAAAGUUUAUACUUUUACCCAAAACCCACAGCAAUUACAUGUUUUUGAAACAGGACAAAAUCCAAAAGGUCUAUGUGUUAUGUGUCCCAAUAGCAGUAAUUCCUUCCUAUCCUAUCCUGGUAGAAAACCAGGUCAUGUUCAAGUUGUAGACUUAGCAGACACAGAAAAAUCACCUUUAGAUAUACCAGCCCAUGAGGCACCAUUAAGUUGUAUGGCAAUGAACUUACAAGGCACAAGAUUAGCCACAGCCUCAGAGAAGGGCACCCUUAUCAGAGUAUUUGAUACCUGUACUGGCACACAAUUACACGAGUUAAGAAGAGGAGCAAAUAGUGCAAAUAUUUAUUGUAUAAAUUUUAGCCACGAUUCAUCAUUGUUAUGUGUAUCCAGUGAUCAUGGUACUGUUCAUAUUUUUUCUACAGAAGAUCCCAAGAAAAAUAAGCAAUCUAGUCUAGCCUCAGCGAGUUUUCUUCCGAAAUAUUUUAGCUCAAAAUGGAGUUUUUCCAAAUUUCAAGUCCCUGGUGGCUCUCAGUGUAUUUGUGCCUUUGGUUCUGAACCAAACUCUGUCAUAGUGGUUUGUGCAGAUGGUAGUUAUUAUAAGUUUUUAUUUAAUCAGAAAGGAGAAUGUACAAGAGAUGUGUACGCUCAGUUUUUAGAAAUGACAGAUGACAGAUCAUAA